CCAAUGUACGCGAGCUGGCGGAGAACUACGAUUGGUAUAUUCUGCCGGUUGUGAAUCCCGACGGGCUCCACUACACCAAGACGGUGAACCGGAUGUGGCGCAAGAAUCGAUAUCCCCACAACGUGCUGUGCUACGGAGUGGAUAUGAACCGUAACUUCCCCGGACACUGGAUGGAGGGAGGAGCAUCAGCCGUUCCAUGCACGGACACUUACGCUGGGCCGGAACCGGGAUCGGAAAUCGAGACCAAAAACGUCAUGAACUACUUCAUGAGCGUCAAGGACAACAUUCACGCCUAUCUCUCUUUCCACUCGUACGGGCAGUACAUUCUAUUUCCAUUCGGACACACAGGAGCUGAAUAUUCGGAGAACUACUACGAUAUGAUGGAAAUGGGAGAGGCGAGCGCCAUUGCUAUUUACGGAAGAUACGGUACCGCCUAUGAAGUAGGCACAACAGCUGAUGUAUUAUACAUCGCGUCGGGAUCUUCCCCUGACUGGGCCCACGGUACACAGGGUACCCCCGUAGCCGCGACGUUCGAAUUCCGUGAUAACGGGUACCACGGGUUCAUUCUGCCCCCCGAACAAAUCAUACCCAACGCCAUGGAAGUAAUGGACGGUUUGAUAGCCUUCCUGCGGAAAGGCAAGGAGAUUGGCUACUUCACGGUGUGAGCUAGUGGAUCGUUUUUUCUUAACACUCUUAUCAGCGAUCGACGCACCGUCGAGAUAACGAAGGUCAUGGAUUCGAUUGGGGUGUGAAACAAUGUGAUGCUUAAUAAUAAACAAAACGGAUCGGUUGCCGUCUA